AGGGCACAGGCAGGGCAGGCAGGGGGCAGGCAGCAGGCAGGGCACAGGCAGGGCGGGCAGCGGCUGUGCAGGGGCGCCCCCCCCCGUCCGUCCGCGGCGCCGCAGGGUCCGGGCGCGCCCCGCGGCCGCUGCCCGUUUCCCCCCCCCGCCCCGCGCUGUGGGGGCUCCGGGCGGUCGGAGGGUUUGGGACAGCCCGGUCCGAGGUGUCGCUGGCCCUGCUGCGGGAGCCCCGGGCCCCGCACGGCCGGAGUGAGCCCGCGGAGCCGCCCUGGGAAGGGGGUGCUGCUCGGGGGAUGCCGACUCGGCUGCUCCUUCCUUUCCCCGAGGAGCCAGAAGGAAGCAGGAAACGGCGCAGGGAGGGAGCGUGCCCGGGAGAGUCACCCACGGAGGAGGAACCCUCCUUUCCGCGUUGGUGUGCGAGAUCUGGGUCUCUGGGAAGAGGGGUCUGGGGGUCCAUGCACCCCCCGCCCGCUCCCUCACAGCCGCUUUGCGUUGCGCCAUGGCCUUAAAAUGGAACCUCGCCAGCCAUCGGUAUUUGUUAUUGACAAAUGUCGUCGCGAUUGUAGGCAAAGUGUUACAGUCAUUGCGACACGCCGAGACACCGUCGAGGUUGCCUCAUACCUGGUAGCCCAUUACGGAAAAUGACCCAGUUUUGUUUGUUAGAAAGGUAAACUUCAGUUUAUAACCAACAAUAACACUCGAAGGAGGGUUUGGGUUGGUUAUUUUUGCCAGGAAGGGUUGCACCAGCCGUAUGUUUGAGGCGGUGAGCGUUAGUCAUGGUUUCCCACUUGCAGGUGAGAGGAUGUUUUGGGAAUGCGCUUGUGCUGAGGAUGCGUCCCGUAACCCAGUGCUGUGGUGUAAGCUUCAAACCGGUGCUGCCGCAAAGAAAAACCGUCUCAAAAAAUGAAAUUUGGAGAAGAGUGAAAGGAAAAGAGCUUAGCUCCCGAGCACCAAGUUCCAGAUAACAAUAGGCACUUCUGUGUGUUUCUUAAAAUGAGAUGGGAAUCUUCAGAAAACCAGGAUGAUGUGUCCAGUCGUAUUUACUCUGAAAUUUUCUUCCUCAGGCCACUGAGAACUUAAUACAGGGGAAAACGGCACUGAAAUCAUUUACCUGAAAGUAGUUAUUUCAGAAAAAGAAUCAGACCAGUGUAUUUAUGUGGAUUUUGAGGGUUACAGAGGAAAAAUGGCUUUGAAGGAUUUAAACAGUGCUCACACCUUAAAAAUAAUUGGGUUCUUGUUCGGGAAAAGUCCCGUGUAAACAGACGCGAGUUUGGCUUUACUGAUCAUUUCAUAAGGCCUGCACAAAGUUUAUCCCGAACCAAAGCCUGUGCCACAUUUAUUUCCACUAUUACUGUGUUAGAUUAAUCAUUGUUGCCUUUUAUUUAGAUUGCAAGUCCAUGAAAUCUUUUGCACAGAGUAAAUAUUUUAAAUAAAGAGGUACAAGAUUUCUAGGGCCCCGACCAGUGUAAAAUUAAGGUUCAAGGCCUCUUCUACCUCAAAUUUUGCACUUCUAGAAGUGUUGAAUUCAGAGAAUUUAGUUAGUGUAUUUUAAGACAAAAUACUCCUAUUUGUCUUGUCUUGCCUGAAACUUUUACUGGUAGAUAAAUCCAUCUCAAAAAAAUUUGAGCCCAGCCUCCUGUACCUCUGAUAACAGCUCAGCUUUCCCAUGACCUGCAUUCAUGUGUGUCAUAUUCAGAUAAGGAGGAGGCACAACGCUGACUAAUGCCGCUUUUUUGGAAGGAAAAUGACAAAAGCUAUUUGAGACAGGAAUAGAAGUGCCAGCACUAAAUGAUAGAUGAACAGCCGGUAGCAAAGGUGGCAGCUCUAACGUUUCCCUGUAUUUAUGGGGUAUUGAAGUGAGAGGUGUGUUAUCUGGAUUUGUUUCUCUAGGCUGGAUGCUUAUCUUCAGAUUCAGCAGUACCCUGGGUCCCAGGACAGGCUGUAAGACAGGGGUUGGGUUUUGUUUAGCCCAAGCGAGUGCUGCUCCAGCUCCAGAGCUGUUGUCUGGAGCGUGGGGCACGGACGUGCCCCUUGCCCACCCCCCUGCUUCCAGUCUGUUCCCAUAUUUUGUCUGACAGCACUUGCUCCUGAUUACCAUAACUAUAGCCUCUUUGUGCCCUCCGUCAGAAGAAAUCCUGCACCAGAAUAAAUUUCAGAGGUGACAGAUUGGAACGGUUUGACCAGAUGAUGGCACACAAAUGUCUCUGAGAUCGGCAGCACCUGUGGCUUUGCACCUCGUUGGCUUUGGCCUUGGGCAGGGGCAGCAGUUGGCACUGUUGCCUGCCCGCUUCUGGCUCGUCCUCUCUGGAUGUCGGGCUCUGGAGUGGAGGUGAAGGAUUAUAUGUAGACUCUGGGAGGGAGAAGGCAGUGGCCAGAGUGAGUAGUUACCUGUCUUUAUGUGUCACCUGGAAGCUCAGUUAUGCUAUAUUUUAGAGCCCAUAAAAAAAUGUGAUAGUUUGGUUCAUGGAAAACAAACCAGUGUGUGAUGGUCCUUCUGCAGGCAGUGCCAUGUCCACUGAGACUGGAGUCUGGACAGGAACCUGCAAACCCACGCCAUGGGGGUGAAAGCACAUGGGUUUCUUUGAGGCCGUGUCAUGUGAGAGCACCUUCUAAGGCUUUUCCUCUCUUUCACCCCAGGCUCUGACUAUGGGUUGGUUCAGCGGGUGAUGAGAGGUGAAGCGGCAGGUACCUCUCUGCUCACCCAAUGUCAGGGGAACUUUUGCAGUUGCUGGGUUACAGCGUUCUCCGUAGAUCUGCCCGAUGCAAGAAAGCACAGGGCAAAACACCGCUGCGGGAAGGUGCCGGAGCGUCCCUAGAAAGGCCAAGGCAUGCCAAGCCCCAGUGACCACAUCGAGGUCUGGGGGCUGGCGUGCCUCAGCCUUUUGCCUUUCUUGGGGAGGCGGCUGGCCCCCAGCUGCACACUGCAUGGGGCUUUUAAGCCCGACGAGGGGCGGGGGGGGGGCUCUGCUGGUCUCCACGGAGCCCCCAGGGCCCUCCCCGGGCUGGGACUUCCAUGACCCCAGGGGAGGGUGGCGAGGAGCCCACAGCCCCCGGGGCUGGGAGCCGGGGAAGACCGUUGCGUGCGGGCAGCGGGGCUCUCCCCGGCCCGGAGCAUCUGGGCGCCGGUGGCAGAUAUACGUCCAGGCUGGAGGGAUCGUCCCCGGCUGGGAGGAGCCAGCAGCUCGGCUGCUGUAAACAGUGCGGGCACCGCCAGCGGUUGGAAGAUGGAUAUAAAUAGGGAGGCGGAGGGGAGGCAGCCGGAGCGGAGGAGCGGGAGCUGCCUGCGCCUGCCUGCCCCUGUCUCUGCCGCCUGCAGCCGGGGGUGCCCGGGCAGCCCGCGUCGGGAGCUCCCGAGAGGCGACGUGCAAAGUUUGCGGCUCGUCGCUGCCGGGGUUAGGUAUCCAUCCAGAGAAUUAAAAAUCCUGAAGAAUGGCUCUACCUACCUCCAAGUAUCUAGGCGAAAACUUCAUUCUUCUUCUGUUUGUAAUCUCUUCUGUAAGCACAGCAGAAGGAGCUGUGACAUGUCCUGAUAAGGAUCCUGAGCUAGAAAUCUGGAACCCAGGUCACAGUGAAGACAACCGCGUAGAAAUCCGUAAUGGCAGGAAGCUCCUUCUCUCCUCUUCUGCGACUGUUCACUCCAUACACAUCACUGAGGGAGGAAAACUGGUCAUUAAAGACGACGUGCAGCCCAUCGUUUUGCGUACUAGACAUAUACUCAUUGAAAAUGACGGAGAGUUACAUAUCGGCAGUGAGAUGUGCCCUUACCAAAGCAAUGUGGUUAUCAUCUUAUAUGGGCGAGCGGAUGACGGCAGCCAGCCGAAUCCCUACUUUGGGCAGAAGUAUCUAGGAGUAAGUAAGGGUGGCACUCUUGAGAUCCAUGGAAAGAAAAAACUGUCCUGGACUUUCUUAAACAAAACUCUUCAUCCUGGUGGCAUGGAAGAAGGUGGAUACUACUUUGAAAGGAGCUGGGGCCAUCGGGGUGUCAUUGUCCAUGUUAUUGACCCAAAGACGGGGGCAGUUGUCCAUUCAGAUCGGUUUGAUACCUACAGAGCAAAAGAGGAAAGCAUACGUCUUGCCCAGUAUUUGGGCAGAGUUGCGAAUGGCAUGAUCCUGUCGGUUGCAGUGAACGAUGAAGGAUCUAGAAACUUGGACGACUCGGCCAGGAAAGCAAUGACCAAACUGGGCAGCAAGCAUUUCCUCCACCUUGGGUUUAGGCACCCAUGGAGUUUUAUUACCGUUAAAGGAAAUCCCUCCUCUUCUGUUGAAGACCACGUUGAAUAUCAAGGUCACAAAGGGUCAGCUGUGGCCAAAGUAUUCAAACUAUUCAAAGCUGAGAACGGAGAACAUUUUAACGUCUCUUCAACUAGUGAGUGGGUUCAAGAUGUAGAAUGGACGGAGUGGUUUCAGAAGCCUGAUAAAGCAAGAUCUAAGGACAUGGAGAAGCUUUCUGACUUCAAAGCUGCUCAUCCUGAUAAAAUCUGUAGGCAACCCAUUGACAUCCAGGCAAUGACGCUCGAUGGAGCUAAUUUAACAACGGAGGUUUUCUACAAGAGUGGCCACGAUUACAGGUUUCUGUGCCACGGCAAGGACCAGACGGGCGAGGGCUGCCAGAACUACAGAGUACGGUUCCUCUGCGGCAGAUCUGUGAAACCAAAGCUCACGGUAACCAUUGACACCAAUGUGAACAGCACGGUCCUGAAUCUGGUGGAUGACGUGAGCUCAUGGAAACCCGGAGACAGGCUGGUGGUUGCAAGCACUGACUACUCCAUGUACCAGGCGGAGGAGUUCCAAGUACUGCCCUGCACGGCCUGCAGACCCACCCAGGUCAAAGUAGCAGGGAAAGCAGCAUACCUCCACGUUGGGGAAGUCGUUGAUGGCGUUGACAUGCGGGCAGAAGUGGGGCUGCUGAGCCGCAACGUCGUGGUGAUGGGCGAGAUGGAGAGACAGUGCUAUGAGUACAGCAGCAAGUUAUGCUCCUUCUUUGAUUUCGACACCUUUGGGGGACACAUCAAGAUUGGUCUUGAUUUUAAGGCUACCCAUAUUGAAGGUCUAGAAUUGAAAUAUAUGGGCCAGCAGACAAUGGGACAUUACCCAAUUCACUUCCAUAUGGCUGGAGAUGUGGAUGAGAAAGGAGGCUACAACCCUCCAACGUACGUGAAGGAUGUCUCCAUCCACCAUACCUUCUCCCGCUGUGUCACAGUCCAUGGAUCCAAUGGUUUACUGGUGAAGGAUGUCGUGGGUUAUGAUGCCCUGGGCCAUUGCUUCUUCACGGAGGAUGGGCCAGAAGAGCGCAACACAUUUGAUCACUGCCUUGGACUGCUUGUUAAGCCUAGCACUCUGCUCCCCUCCGACCGAGACAGCAGGAUGUGCAAGCUGAUCACGGAGGGCGCCUACCCAGGGUACAUCCCUAAACCCAGGCAGGACUGUAGCGCCGUAUCCACCUUCUGGAUAGCCAACCCCCACAACAACCUUAUAAACUGUGCAGCUGCGGGAUCUGAAGAAACAGGCUUUUGGUUUGUUCUGCACCACGUGCCGACAGGGCCCUCGGCGGGCAUGUAUUCCCCCGGCUACUCCGAGCACAUGCCGAUGGGGAAAUUCUCCAACAACCGCGCGCAUUCCAACUACCGGGCUGGAAUGAUCAUUGAUAAUGGCGUCAAAACCACUCCGGCCUCAGCCAAGGACAAAAGACCUAUCCUGACGCUGAUUUCUGGGAGAUACAGCCCACACAAAGACGCCGAUCCUUUGAAGCCCAGGGAACCUGCAAUAAUUGAGCGCUUUAUUGCCUACAAGAAUCAGGAUCACGGGGCCUGGCUGCGGGGUGGAGAUGUGUGGCUGGACAACUGCCAGUUUGCUGACAACGGCAUUGGCCUGACCUUGGCGAGCGGCGGGACUUUCCCUCAUGACGACGGCUCAAAGCAAGAAAUCAAGAACAGCCUGUUUGUUGGCGAGAGUGGAAACCUGGGCACCGAGACGAUGGACAACGAGAUCUGGGGACCUGGAGGCCUGGAUCACAGAGGAAGGACCCUGCCCAUCGGCCCGGAUUUUCCCAUUCGAGGGAUUCAGUUCUACGAUGGACCAAUCAACGUCCAGAACUGCACCUUCCGCAAAUUCGCUGCCCUGGAUGGCCGGCACACGAGUGCCCUGGCCUUCCGGCUCAACAACGCCUGGCAGAGCUGCCCCAACAACAACGUCACCGACAUUCAUUUUGAAGACGUCCCGAUUACCUCAAGGGUCUUCUUUGGAGAACCUGGACCCUGGUUCAAUGAUCUGGAUAUGGAUGGUGAUAAAACAUCAGUUUUUCAUGAUGUAGAUGGUUCUGUGUCAGAAUAUCCAGGCUCGUACCUGAUAAAAGAAGAUAACUGGCUAAUCAAGCACCCUGAGUGCAUUGACGUGCCUGACUGGAGAGGUUCCAUCUGCAGUGGACACUUUGCACAGAUAUACAUCCAGGCCUACAAGCCAGCCAACCUGAAAAUGAAAAUAAUAAAAAAUGACUACCAUAAUCACCCACUCCAUUUGGAAGGGGCUUUGAGCAAGAGCACUCAUUACCAGCAGUAUCAGCCAGUCAUAACUCUGAGGAAAGGCUACACCAUCCACUGGGACAAGACAGCCCCCGAAGAGCUGGCCAUAUGGCUCAUCAACUUCAACAAGAACGACUGGAUCCAAGUAGGGUUUUGCUAUCCUAAAGGGACGACAUUUUCCAUUCUCUCAGACAUCCAUAAUCGUCUCUUGAAGAAAACGUACAAAACUGGAACCUUCUAUAGAACCUCUCAAAUGGAGAAACUGGAGCACAGAUAUCCUAGCAAAGGAUACUACUACUGGGAUGAGGACACGGGGCUACUGUUUCUGAAACUCAAAGCUCAAAAUGAGAAGGAGAAAUUUGCUUUCUGCUCUGUCAAAGGCUGCGAACGAAUAAGGAUCAAAGCUGUGAUCCCAAAGACGGCUGGCGUCAGCGACUGUGAAGCCAUGGCCUAUCCCAAGUACAUUGAGACUCCAAUAGUAGAGGUGCCAAUGCCCAAGAAGCUCUCCAGUGCACAACUGAGUACCAAGGACCACCUACUAGAAGUGAAAAUAGAAACUUAUAAGAAACAGUACUUCCACCUAAAGGACGACUUUGCAUACAUUGAGGUUGACGGUGUCAGGUUUUUCCUCACUGAUGAGGGUAUCCAACUGGUUGUGAUUGAUGGACAUCACGGAAAAGUUGUUGAUCGAGUAACAUUCAAAAACUCAAUCCUACAAGGCAUCCCAGCACAGAUAGAAAAUUAUGUCAACAACAUCAAAGACCACUCCAUAGUGCUGGUGACAUCUAAAGGAAGAUUCAUUUCAAGAGGGCCAUGGACUAAAGUACUGGAGAAACUUGGAGCAGAAGAGGGUUUGAGGUUAAAAGAAAAAAUGGCUUUUGUCGGCUUCAAAGGCAGCUUCCGCCCUGUCUGGGUGAAGCUGGUCACUAACGAGGACUCAGCUAAAAUCUACCAAGCGCUGCCAAUUCCUGUGGUGAAGAAAAUGAAAUUAUGAGGACACACUGCUCUGCCUUCUUGGCCGCCAGCACUGCCCGCAUGGGACAGACUACUGACUGCUCGCCGCAGGCACCUUGCCAGCCUGCCCCAGAGGUGUAGCGUUUUGUUGUUGUUGUUCUUGUUCUUGUUGUUGUUGUUCAAAGAGAAAUCUUACUGUAAGUAGCUAGAGUGGCCACAUGUGACAGAAAAGCCUUCCUCUCUGUCAUCAGCGUCGUGUUCUGUGAUCGCCAGCUCCUCGCUGGUUGAUUUGCUCACUGAUGCCGUGUUGACUCUCGUGUUUCUAAGCAAGGGUUGAGCUGUUCUACAAGGUGCUGGUUCUAUCGGCACCCCUCUCACAGACUAACUUACGUGCCGCCUCUCGAAGGGGGAGUUCUGGGUCUGAAGGCCAUCGAGGAUUAUUGUUUCUACCAGCCUCUAAGUUGUCCAAACGCUUUUUUUUUUCCCCGUGGUGUAACUAGCUGCUCACAUAAACACAGAAUGACAAUUCAAAGGCUGGUUGAAAAUCUAAGAUAGAAAGAGUAUAUUUUAAUGAAUCCCCAGAUGCUGGGAAACAUAACUGGACAGUAAGAAAUUACCCUAAAGCUUUUAUGAUGUUUUGUCAAGCUCCUUGGGAUCUGUGUUGUACAUGCUAACCCACGGCACAUAGUUAGGGAAGAGAUGAGAGAAGGAGAAGAUAAAAGGUGCCAGCAGAGACUGAUAAACCACAUCUUUCUGGUUGCUUAGAAAACUGCGUUUCUCCUAUGGAUCAAGGGGUUUUAAUAGUGGUUGCUCCAAUAGGAAGUUUUCCUUCAACAAGCAGCUGUAGGCUAGAAGGACAGCAAUGUCAAUUAGCACAUAUAGUUUCUCAGCCUUUCCCGUAGUCCCUCCAUAGAAUAAUGUUCAAGAUCAGUCUAGAGGGUUUAUGAUAGACAGUCAAAGAAAGCAUCCUGUUCAAGGCUUCCAGUUUUCAACUGGGAAUACUGGGAGUCACCUUAUUCAGCCUCAAAUAGGGUGAGCAGCCCUUGGCUUUCCAGGGAGGUCAGAGGGAAUGGCAUCCGACUGGUCUGCUGUGUGUUGCUUUCUGAUCCUGUCUUAAGGCCAUGAGCGUCUUGGUGCUCCUGGAAGAGUUACAUGAGAUCUGGAUGGAAGGUGACAGAGGUCUUACCAAGUAGCUGGGGAAUUAGAGUGGGAAUCCCCAUACUCUAGUUGGAUGUCUUGUAUCUCCUUUCCCCCUUCUUCAAAGCAAUGUCUGGGUAACGAAGGCAGAAUUGGGACUCCUGCGCGGACAUCUCUUGAAGCUGGGAAAUUAAACAUUGUCUUGUAAAACGCUAUAAGCACUUCCAGUGUUCAGUGAUAGUCCUGUCUGUUGCUCAGAAAUGCCAUGAAGGCGUCUCCGGAGGCUGUGGCAAUUCUAAGAGACCUAAGAGGGGAUAAAAGACAGGAUGAAGAGCUUUUCAAAGCACACAGAAUGUCAGUUUUGCCAAUAACAUCUGGGUUUGUUUCUCCACUUUGUCUCUGCCUGCCCCCAUUGCUACAGAAAUUAUUCUAGUUGCUGAUGGUUAUUUCAUUUUGCUCUGUUUUAAUUAGGGCUCAUGUAAUUAGGUAUGUUUGGGUUUUUUUCCAUCAAAAAAUGCUAUCUUGCAGCUAGAAUGAAAGACCAACCAUUUUGUGUGUCAUUCCAGAGGCUGGGCAGAUGUUGCACUUGAUAAAGCCCGGUUUAGAUCGAUUGCUCUGAAAGUCAAAGCAACCACGAGCAAAAUGAAGGUAGUGCUGUAGGUUACACUCCCCUCAAGCCUCUCCUGGGUUUUGAAACUGGAAAUGUUCUUUUCAGUCUUACUAUAUACUUGUUUUGAACUUGCUGAAUGCCAUGUGUAUUGUAUUUAAAAAAAAAAAAAGGAAAAAACAGAAGAGCCAAGCUUUCCCUCCCUUGCUUCUCAAUUAGAGCCCGUUAAUGAAUGCUCUUUAGGCAUUUGUGCCAUUUCCAGAAUGAACGGGCAACACUUGCAAAAGGCAGGCAAGGUGGUUGGGUUUUUUUCCCCGAUGCCUUGUGAUGGUUUGGGGAUUUCACAAACUAUUCCUUGAAAAAGCCAGCCUCACCGUGAUUAACCAACAUUUUAUCUGCCGUUCUCUGAUAGCCAAAACAGAGCCAGAUCCCUGAAGUCGGGCACGUAGACUAAAAAAACAAGGUCCCUUGAGUACGUUAGUCUGGGUUGCCUCGACCUCCUCACUGUCCUGAGGCAGUUCUGGUGAUAUCGUUGCACCGGCAUUAGUGCAAGACAAGAGGUGGACCAAAGCAGGAGUAUUUCUUUCAUGAGCGCUUGACAAAUGGAAGGCUGGGCUCAGAUUGUGCCUGGUUUGGGAUUUGGCUUUGGCGGGGCAGGGGUUGCCCUCUGUGGCACGCUGCUGCCCUGGCCACCAGCCAUUGCCCUGCUCCUGCUCUCGGUGAGCCUGUGAACGCCCGGGAGGAUCGUGCCGGGUGGGUCUGUCCCCUAGACAGGUUUGUUCAGCUUCUACAAGCACGCUGCCUUUGUGCUGAAGUAUAUCUUCUGAUUUUACAAUUUUGGGAAUUCUCAGGGUGAAAUCAUAAGACUUGGCUCUAGGAAAACCUUUUUCUGUUGUUUUGUUGGGGUUCUUUUCCUGAAAAAAAUUCUUAUGAAGAGAAGAAAACUUCUAAGUAGCUUAUUCUAUCAUGCAAAGCUUGUCACAUGGGGCCUGUUCUGGAGCUGGGAGGGGGGGUCUCACGCCGUGAAUACGGAGUGGGGGCCCCGGCAGCCUCUCAGCCUGGGGGAGUCCAGAGCAUCGUCACGCCAUGCGAAGGGCUCCCAUCCACCUUCACGGGACGGAGACAGUGUGUGGCUCCAAAGACAGAACGAAGCCUGGGACCAUCGCCAGCCGGCCAUAGUUUUGUGCCAUAGGAUUACUUUUUAAUCUCCGACUGUUGUAGAAGUUGCACGCGCACAUUUUGACUAGUGAAUGCCCUGACUGCUUGUCCUUUGUACAUCCUUUUAACAGCCCCCGCACAAGCUGCAGUUACCCUCUUUGUAAGGUUUAUUACUGCAAAUGUUUCCGUGUUUGCCUCCGCAGUUGCCAUUGGUAGAGUGGGUUUUUUUGAUUGGGUUUUGUUUGUCUGUCUGUCUGUUUGUUUGGAUGUUUGGGUUUUUUGCCUCUGUUCAAAUGCUUGUUUUACCUGUCGCCGAAAUAGCUGGUCCUUUUUCGGAGUUAGAUGUUUGUACAUUUUCUUAUAGACUUUCCAAUGAAAAAAAGAUAUAUUUUCUAUUAAUUUAUUACAAUGGCACUAAGACAACUAAAUUGCAGACAUAUGAAGCAUUUUUACUGGAGUUUAGCAUCGUCCAGGUUGUUAAGGAGGUCGGCAAUAUGUCUUUUCUGAUAAUCUGCUUUGCACUUGAAAGCUCUCUAUGUCCGCAGACCGUGGUAAUGCAUUGACUGUCUGGUUUAUGAUGACAAGAGCUCUUGGGACGUUGGUUCCAACAGAUUGUGGCUUACAACUGAAAUAACACGUAGUUGUUUGAAGUACACAAUGUUUAUCAAAAUAAAUAUC